AUGGAUACCUCCGAUGAACAUAGGUGCGAAUGGAGAUAUGAUAUCAUUGAUUGUAAAAAUGAUGAAAAAACUUAUCAAAUACUUCUUAUAUUAAACACAUGUUUAAAUUGUAUAUUCAUCCUGAUCUCAGCAUCAUUAAUUUGUUGGAAACUUAAACUUCGUUUAAAUGUAAAGUUUUGGUCUAAAGAAGCGUGGCUUCCUAUGAACUUAUUCUUUUUAUGGUUUAUAUUAUAUUAUUUAUUACGUUCUUUUGCAAGUCUUGUCGUAUUAUUAGGAUUAUUCACUGAUAAAAUAUUCAUAGUUAUUAUGAUAUACGAUCUUUCGUGGAGUCCUGGUAUAAUUGCAAUUUUAUUAUACAUUAAGGGAAUGUUUCAUCUCAUGCCGCGUUUAACAUUUGACCAAUUUACAAAUAAUUGUUCACAUAACAAAAAACCCACGAAAAAAAUUUGGAUUCCAGAAGAUCAAAGCGAGAAAAAAUCAUACCCAAUUUUAGAAGUUCCAUUAUUAGUUAGCAGUUUAUUUAUUAGCUUUUUAUUUUUAUAUUAUGGAGUAAUUUUAAUUACUUUAACGAAAAAUAGUUUUAUCUUAUCUGAAGAAGACAAUUUCGAAAAUGAUAGAAAUCAUCUUUCUUUUGUAUUUCAACAAAAUAAAUUAAAGCUUAAGAAAUAUCUUCGAAAGAUGAUGUUAUUUAAUUUUUUUUGUGGAAUCAAUUUUUUAUUAAUUGCAAUAUCUAUUGUAUUUUUCUUUUUUCCUGAUAAAACUCGUACAAUGUUCACUUUGAAUUUAAUACUUUGUAUUUUAACUUAUGUAAUAUUUCCAACUUUUACGAUCGUUUUACAUAUUGUUAUGAUAUUAUUAGAAAUUACAAAACGACAUAGUAAUAAUUCGACUGUUACAGUUCACGUGGAAACGACACAACUUUAUAGUGUGCAAAGCAAGCCGAUUCUAACAAAUGAUUAA